AUGAUUCAUGCCUGGGCAUUCAAAAGGGCGCUGUGCAUUUUUAUCCUGAUCAACUGUGUGCUAAAAUUAGAGCGUUCGCGGAAAAUAACGUGGAAAUCGAAAAAGGGAGUUCACAUCCCAUUGGACGGUGCAAAUGGCUACGAACGGGAAUGGAAACGGAAAGGGGUGUUCCUUAACAUUCAGAGGGGUAAAAAUGGGAAAGACGUGAAAAGAAGGAAGGGCACUAAUGGAUUGUCUACUGAGCGGCCAAAUGGUGAGGCGAUCCGUCAGACAAUCAGUGAAACGGAGCAGUUGGAGGAUGACGGCCUUGAUGGAGAGCCCCCCCCUGGGGUGGAAGCAAACAAGAGUAGUAAGAGCAGCCAUGUGGGAGGAGCGCCAGAGUACCCCCAAGAGAACGUUCGAAACUUUUGCAUACUGGCACACAUCGACAGCGGGAAAUCAACCCUGGCUGAUCGGUUCCUAGAAUUAACAAAAACGAUAAAAAAGAAGAAGAUGCAGGACCAGUUUCUCGACAUGAUGUCGUUGGAGAGAGAGAAGGGAAUCACCAUAAAGUUGAAGGCAGUACGAAUGAAUUACAAAAAUUAUAUUUUCAAUUUAAUAGAUACACCAGGACACUUUGACUUCUACCAUGAAGUAAAAAGAUCACUGAGUGUAUGUGAAGGAGUCAUACUACUCAUCGAUGGGACGAAGGGAAUUCAGUCCCAGACACUUAACAUAUUUAUGGAGUUGCAAAAACAUAAUUUAAAAAUAAUUCCAGUGAUAAAUAAAAUCGACCUGAACAUAUGCAGGUUGGAAAAAAUAGAAAAUGAUUUAUUAAACAAAUUUCAUUUUAUGAAAAAAGACAUUUUACACAUCUCUGCGAAGUAUUCUCAUGGAGUAGAAUCUCUCUUUCAGAGAAUCGUUUCGGAGAUCCCUUGUCCUGCCAUUAAGUCGAAUUCCUUCUUCAGGGCCAUCGUUUUUGACUCCUUCUAUGAUCAGUAUAAGGGGGUAAUAUUAAUCAUUAAAGUGCUAAAUGGGGUGUUGACAAAAAAAACGGAAGUUUUUUUUAUUCAGAGUGAGAAGAGUUACAUCGUUCAGGAGGUUGGGUACCUCACCCCGGAGAUGAAACCCACGGAAAGUAUACGCCAAGGGGACAUUGCCUACGUGUCAUCUAACAUAAGGAAGUGUGACGAGGUGCAAAUAAGCGAGACGAUAGUUAGUAGAGAUAUUGUGCACAUGAAUGCACAGCGUCGACUGGUGGUCGAUUCGGACCUGCUCAGCGGGGAGCGCAACGGUGAAAAGCGCACUAGUGUGAAGAGUUGUGGUGUGGAUUCCGUAGGUGUGACCCCACAGAGGGAGGAGAAUACCGAGCGAGAAAUCACCCUGGAGCAGAUCGCCGCGUCCAAAGUGGACGUCUCGUACCCCGUCGUGUUUUGCAACAUUUACAGUGUUAACGAUAAGCAGGCCAACGAACUGCAAGUUGCACUGAACAAAUUGAAGCUGAACGACGCGUCUUUUUCCUUCAAGACGGACGUCUGUGAGACCUUGGGGAAGGGGUUCAAGUGCGGAUUUAACGGAUUGUUGCACCUUAAUAUAAUCCAGGAGCGAAUAAAACGGGAAUAUGGCGUCGAGACGAUUGUGACUGCCCCGUCAGUGAAUUACCUGGUGAGGGUGAAGGAGAAGUGCAUUGACAAGCAGCUGAAGGAGAAGCUGAUCGAUGCGAGUUUCGACGUAGCCAACGUUAACGUGGAGGCGUCUGGCGAGGACAGAGAUCAUGAUAGCGGUGAUGGAAGUGGUGAUGGAGGUGGUGAUAGUAGCAGUAAUAGCAACAACCGUGGCAGAGGGAGGAAGCCCCCUGAGGGACUAUACUACAUGACGAGCAACGUGAACGACAUCCCCCAGAAAAAUUACAUCCACGGAAUUUACGAACCAUACGUGCGAACGAGCAUCAUGACGCCGGAGGAGUACCAAAAAUAUAUCAUGGCGGAAUGUUUCCAAAGGAGAGGAAUUUUCAUCAAAAAGGAAAAUAUGGACAGCCAUGUCAUCUUCUUUUUCGACAUGCCAUUGUCAGAAAUAUUAAUAAAUUUUUUGGACCAAAUAAAAUCCUGCACAAAGGGAUAUGGAUCCAUGAGUUACGAAAAUUACAUCACUUACAGAGAAAGCGACUUGCACAAGAUUAACAUAUACGUGAAUAAUAGGAGUAUCGACUCCUUGUCAUUUUUGGCACACAAAUUAAAUUAUCAUGAAAAGGGAAAACGCAUAGUUUUAAAAUUGAAAGAAAUGAUAAAGCCCCAUCAAUUCCUCGUCGUCAUUCAGGCAGGUGUGGGGACAAGAAUCUUCGCUUCUGAGAGGAUCAACCCGCUCAGGAAAAAUGUCACUGCGAAAUGCUACGGCGGGGAUAUCACACGGAGAAGGAAGUUGCUCGAAAAACAAGCCGCGGGGAAGAAAAAAAUGUUCAGCAUUGGAAAGGUAAAGCUGCCACCUAAUAUGUUCACCAAGCUCUUCGACUUGAAGGCACAGUGA